CUGGCUGAUGACGCAGCAGGUUAAAGGUUAACCAGAAGCUCGGAGCUUCAUGCUGUCCACAGGAGCAUGAAAUGAGCCUGGACACUCCUCUGUGCUGUUACUGCUUAGUUGACGAAACUGUAACAAUGACAACCUGAGCUUGUUGUGUAUGAAAACCUGUUAAAACUACCAGACUGAGUUAAAGGAACUGCUGGAUGAAGGAGCGAUCACAGGAUGGCAGGAGUGUUCGACAUUGACUUGGAGACUGAGGACAUCAGUGACACAGAGGACGAUGUCUGUGACUUCACUGUGACAGAACCUGAGAACGUUCAGACCGAGGAGGUGGAGUUGACCAGUGAAAGUGUCAACAGAGACAGUGAGAGAGUUGGACCCGACUGCUUUGAGCUCCUAACUGUGUUGGGAAAAGGAGCCUAUGGCAAGGUUUUUCAGGUGAGGAAGGUUCAAGGUGCCCAGACUGGGAAAAUAUUUGCCAUGAAGGUCCUGAAAAAGGCUAAGAUAGUGUGUAAUGCUAAAGACACGGCCCACACACGAGCAGAGCGGGAGAUCCUGGAGACGGUGAGACACCCAUUCAUCGUGGAUCUGCUCUACGCCUUCCAGACUGGAGGAAAACUCUACCUCAUACUGGAGUGUCUGAGCGGAGGAGAGUUGUUCAUGCAGCUGGAGAAGGAAGGCAUCUUCAUGGAGGACACCGCCUGUUUUUAUCUAGGAGAGAUCACAUUGGCCCUCGGUCACCUCCACUCUAACGGGAUUAUUUAUAGAGACCUGAAACCUGAAAACAUCAUGCUCAGUCAUCGAGGACACAUCAAGUUGACUGACUUUGGACUCUGUAAGGAAUCAAUUCACGAUGGAACUGUCACACACACCUUCUGCGGCACCAUAGAGUACAUGGCUCCAGAGAUCCUGACCAGGUCAGGUCACAACAGAGCAGUGGACUGGUGGAGCCUCGGCGCUCUGAUGUACGAUAUGAUGACUGGAUCGCCUCCGUUCACAGCUGAAAACAGAAAGAAGACCAUUGAUAAGAUCUUGAAGUGUAAACUCAAUCUACCCCCCUACCUGACGAUCGAUGCCAGGGACCUCAUCAAAAAGCUGUUGAAGAAGAAUCCAGCCCAAAGACUUGGUUCCAGUAAAGCAGACUGUGCUGAUAUCCAGAAACAUCCAUUCUUCAAGCACAUUAACUGGGACGACCUGCUGAACAAGAGAGUGGAGCCGCCGUAUAAGCCGCAGCUGCAGUCGGACGAGGACGUGAGUCAGUUUGACACCAGAUUUACCAGACAGACGCCGGUUGACAGUCCAGAUGAUACCUCACUCAGCCACAGUGCAGAACUCGCCUUUGCUGGUUUCACCUACGUGGCUCCAUCGGUCCUCGAGAGUCUGAAAGAAGGUUUCUCAUUUGAGCCCCGCACACGAACUGUACGCCGACACAACAGCAGCCCACGCACACCCAUCAGUCCUCUAAAAUUUUGCUCCGCUGGACCCUUCAAGUCCAGCAUUGACGGCGAGCCGGACCUGUUCUCCCCCACCUCUCCACCAGCAGCUCCGUUCCCAGUGCCACUGGAAAACGGAGCUGCCAGCCAGCCGAUCAAGACACCUUCGAGGAACAAGAAGCAGAAGGGACAUCGGAGAUGAAGGGGAAAUCUUGGUCACAUUAACGUUUUCUUUAGCAUACAGUAAGUGUUGAGGCAGAGAGGGUGAAGGGUUUUUGCUAGAAUCAUGCUUUUUGAAGUGGUUUACGUUAGAGAAGUCGAAAACAUCAGUUUGAAGCUGUCAGUGUGUUUUUUUUCUCUUUCAUAUCUUACAUGACAACGUAAAAAUGGAAUAUAGGUACAGCUACUGCCGGUCACUGUCCAGCAUUUUUUGUUCAUUGUCGCGACUUUCCAGGAGCUCACUGGAUUAAAGUAGAAUUUUUAUACAUUUACAAAAGAACCUGAGUUUAAAGCUUUAUUUACAGCUUCACACACCAGUCAGCCACAACAUUAAAACCACCUGACAAAUACUGUCAGUCUCCCCUUUUGAAUGACCGAAGCCUGGAGUCCAUAGACCUCUGAAGGUGGCUUGUUCCAUCAGAAACCAUGACAUCAGCAGCAGAUCCUUUAAAUUCUGGAAGUUGCGACGUAGAGCCUUUAUGAUUAAACUUGUUUUUCCAGAAAAUCCAGCACUUGAACUCUUUGUCAUGUUCCUCACAUCAUUCCUGAACAGUGUCUGCAGUGUGACAGGAAGCAUCAUCCGGCUGAAAGCGGCCAUUGGAGAAUAUCACUGCUAUGAAGGAGUGGAUGUGGUCGGCAGGAAUGUUUAAAUGUGAAAAUAACAUCCACAUGUAGUCAGGGCUCAAGGUUUUAACAGCAGAACAUUGUCAAGAGCAUCUCGCUGCCUCCACUGGCUCGCCUUCUCGUCGUCGUGCAAUUUUUUUCAAAGUAAAUGAAAACAGAAAACACUAUUAAUCAUACCAGCCCACCUUCUGUAUCUUCAUGGUCCAGUUUUUAGGAGUUUUCAGUGGUGGACAGGAGUCGGCAUAGACGGGUGCUCUGACAGCUUUCUAUUUUUGUGCUACAGUUUGAAACCACCAACCACUAGCCUUCUUUCGGCGUCCAUGUCUGUGUCUCUGGUUCCCCGGUUGUCCAAUGUUGGAUACUUUUGGUAACUACCGCAGUACUCCUGCUGUUUUGGAGGUACUUUGGUCCAGUCAUCCACCAUCAGUUUGUUUAAAAUCUCUCGGAUCUUCAUGCUGCACAUUUUCCCUGCUGCCGACAUCAACGUCAAGAACUCACUGUUCACCUGCUGCCUAAAAAAUCCCACCCCAGUGAUGAAUGUUAAUCACUUCACCUUUCAGUGGUUUUAAUGUUAUGGCUGAUUGGGUUGUCUCUGCACUUUUAGUUCUGUCACACUGUCGUGCUACACGUGGGAAACAGUCCAACCCAUAUUCCCUCCAGAAAGCUCUAGAAUAAGUUCAACAGAACCGUUUAUUUCUCUCCACCAUCCUACCUAAAUGUACAGUGAAGGUCAGGUAAAUGAUGGAUUGAACAGUGUUUCAUCUUGUAUAUACAUGCUAGUAUAAUUACAGCAAAGGGAAGCUGUGAUGUAAAAUUUUGAAGAUUUAAUUAAUUCGUCAGCUUUUAAUUAGCUCAUCAGACUUUGUGAAAAAAGGGUUGCCUAUCACAGACUGACGUUUUAGUUAGAGAACUGAUUGAAGUCCUGACUCAUUUUCAUUAGGGUUGACACGCAGAUUUGAACAUGAAAGUAGGACGUUUAGGUCAUAUGUUGAGGUUAUAUCCUGUACAUAUCUACUGAAUGAAAUGCUGCAUCGCACAUAAGAUAAUCAUGAAUGUCAGAUUUUGUGUUUAUUUCUGAAAAUUGUGACAUUUGUCAUUGUUUCUCUGAGCUUUCUUAACAGAGAAGUCUCAUGUCUGCUGCCAAAGUUGUGCACACAUGCCAUCCUUAGAUUGCACAGAUGGACCAAUCACACUUUAGAAUACUGUGAUUGAUAAUUUUAAUCGGUACGCUGGUUGUAAUCAUCCAUCUUCAAACUAGCUGCUGUUUAGUUACCAAAAUAUUUUCCAUAAACACAUGCGCAUGUCAGUACAGUGUAAACUCAAAACAGUCUGUUAAAAAUGGUGCUUUCAAAAACAAAAAUCUUGUAUAAAAAAAAUGAAAGAAAAGAAUAUUUUUGGUUACAGAACAAAACAUAUUUUUACACAUGGAACCUCGGACAAAUAAUGUUAAUAAAAAAACGUUAAAAUGCUUGGUUGUCACUGCCCGACGCACCUGUAAGGUGUAAAAUCACUGCAGGUAAUCUGAGUCUCACACUUGGAUGGAUCACAGAGGGCUACUCUGUUCAUUUGGUGCCAGAAUUCUUUUGCUGUUUGAUUAAUUAAUUUAUUUUUGUACCACAAAUGAUAAAUUAAGAUAAUUAUACCUAAUUCUGACCCACAUCUCUCUGUCUUGUAUAAUUACAGCAGAAAACAGCUUCUGGCACUAAAACCACAUGCAGCUCUUCAAGAGACAAAAUCUUGUUGAACAGGGAUUAGAUAAACAUUAAACAGAAAUUGGGUCAACUAUACAGCUUUAAAUCACUUCCUCCACUACAGUGACACAUUAACAGUUGAAGGUGGAAACACCCCCACAGAUUUGAAUUAGUUGCUGGAUGAAGCUAACUUGUGUAAAUCAUCCAUUUGCUUUCAUGCUCAUCAUGUUGCCUGUCGCUCAUGGUUAGCUGGGGAGUAAAGAAUGUAUUUUAUAGGUGUAAACUAUCCUUUACAUUGUGUACAGUUCUAAGGUUCUCAAUCAUUCAGAAUUUAAAUAGUCACACAAAUAAAUGCAGAUAAAAUAUGUAAUAGAACCAUGAAAUUGUGAAAUGAGCCACCGAAGUUUUGGCUGUGCUGCAAGUGUGAUUCUAGACACAACAAUGCCCGUCAGUCCACUUUCUGCACUGAUAUUCAUACUGACAGUGUGACAGCAGAGGAUGAACCUCGUCCACUGUCUCAAAGUUUUGAACAGACAUUUGUUGUUUUCAGAGGGUGAGUCCCACUGACUGAUUUCUUCUCUGGCGGCACCAUGAAGUUCACGUUUUAGUUUUUUUUUGCAGUGAAAUAUCUCAACUAUUGAUGGGUUUGUUGAUUGUCAGGAGGUUGUAGUAAAAACAUGCAUGCUACUCUAUAGAUGAAUUGGUCAAUCUUUAAAGACUCCAUGCGUUCUUGUAGAGCCCUAUUAGGUCAGACUUUUAAUUUCUGACCAUAUGAGGGGUGAUCAAAAAGUUCAGAGCUGAUUUAUGUGUGGCUGCCAUCCUUGUUGAUGUCGUCUUCUUGUGCCACGGCUUCCAGUGCUCCUGCAACACUUGAAACACUCCCUUGUAAGUCCUGUCAUGUAGACAUUUCAAGCACCAUUUGUGACUCUUCAGACACCUCAGGAUGUUACAGAACUGUCAGAAAUGUGGCCUGACAGUCGACCCCUGGGGGACAAAUUCCCAGUGCACAGCCAUGAAGAACACAUAGAAUAUGUUCCUGGUGCUCCUGACCUGAUGCUCCUUCUCCACUUUUGGAGACCAUGGCUUUUCCACUGUGAAAACUUCAGUUUGGUCUCUGGAUGGUAACCGCAGACCCUCCUCUGGUCACCAUGAUGAUCUUCCUCACAAAGGUUGAAUCAUCCAGCUGCUAAAUGACACAGAAUGUGAUGCUCGUUCUCUGGGAAACUUUAAGCUCCAUUGUGAAAUCACUAAUGUGCAGCUGCCAGUGGUCACGAAAACAUCUGAAAAGGUCCUGUCUUGUCUCUUGACUUGUGACAGUUACUGUUCACACAAACAGACCAGUAUCAGGAAAGUUUGAUCACCUCUCAUAUCCCUGUAAACCUAAAACCAUUCCCAUAAUCCUGAGCAGGACUGCUAAUGAGCAGCUUUCAGGGAGAUAUUCCCUAUUAUUAUUUAGCAUUUAGCUCAAAGCUGCUUUUUAAGGAGGCCGUAUUUGGUUAUUUGAGUUCCUCUUUUCCUGCUAUGUGUCUUCUGCAAACUUACAAAGCCCAAAGUCCACACCAAAAGUUCUGUCUUACACAAAAUUCUUACUUGCCUGACACACCUGGUUUUAAGUCAAGAUUUUUCUUCUACCUACAUCACCUUGUGACUGAUUUGCACAACUCCUGACUAGCAGCUAAUUUAGCAUAAACUGAAGCAAAGAGUGUUCAGCUGCCUCCCAUUCCGACAUACUUUCCUCACUAGAGCUGCUUCUUCAGUAACUGCAUCUGUGUACUCCGAGAUCUGUGGUUACUAACCAACAUUACCUGGCUUCCAUCAGUCUGUCUGACCAGUCAGAGCACACUGAACUUUUCUGGUCCUUAGAGAGACAGGACUUAAAAUUUCAGACAGAAAAUCAGAGAGAGAGAGAGAGAGACGCUGAAGGAAUAUACAGUGGUAGAAAAAUGUUUUUGAACAGAAGAGCAUGUGAACAUAUUCUAGUUGACCUUAAAAUAAACCCUAAAAAAUACAGUUUUGAAGCUGUAAAUAGCCUCACGUGGGCUUCUUAAAGUUCACCUCAGUGUUUUUGGGCAGUCAGACUGAAAUUAAUGUUGUGGAAUAAGAUGAUUUUGACACAGAAACUGCCAAAAUUCAGUGACAAUGAGCUCAAUUCACAAUUUCAUGGUUAUAUAAUGUAUAUUUUUUUCAUAUGAUUUGAUUUUUUUGUGUCUCCAAAGAAAUGAAUCACCUGCUUUAUUUAUGGAUUUUUUGUUUUGUUUGUUUGUUUGUUUUUAAAUCAAGGAAGAUACCUGUUGUCCUGCUCCUGUUUGCAGAUCAGUCCAGCUCACAGCAGCUAGAAACAGGUCCAACGCAGAAAGUCUUCCUACUUUCCUCCACCAGCAUUCUCUCAUUUACACAUUCUGUAUAUACUGGAUGCACAAACAGCCUGUGUGCCCACUGUUGCUCGUAAUUCUUUACGUUGUAAUACCGCUGUAAGAAUACAGUGGUACAGUAUGAACUGUGGAACAUCAUGAAUUGUAAACUCAUUAACUCGUAAAAUAUGCAGUUGGACAGCAGGAACGAGGCUUAGCCGUGUUCUGUUGUGUAUAUUUAUCUACAUGAUUACUCCUUACUAUAGAGUGAUAAAUAUAUGAUUGCCGUGAAAAGGAUUCUACAUUUGAAUUCAGAAAAAUAGGAUUGAGUUGCUUAUUUUUGUGAUCAUUGCUUUUUUUUUUGUCUUGUAUUUCUUCUUCUAACUGAUGAAUGUGUUAAGAAUAAAAAUGAUUUCAUUGCUGA